CAUGAUCACCAAAUACUUCACAAAGGUGUGCGUCAAAUUCAAUCCGUUUGGCCCAGAAGCCAGAUGCGCCAGGUCUGUGCUCUCGCAAAUCCCACCGUCCAUGAAAGGUGUGUGCAAAAUAGACUUGCAGCUGCUGAACGACAAGUCUACGGUUGAGCCGUUUGUGCAGGUGACUUUCAAGGACAACACUGUCAUGAGCGGCAACCCCGCGGAGCUUAAGCUUGCUGACUUCACCAACAUGCUCGACAAGCACAGCAAAAAGCUACUUUUCAAGGAGGAAGUUGACAAAUAGUGGUCGACCCUCGUCAUGUGUACUUCGAUUCCUUUAUCUUUUCUUCGAGCAUUUGCAUGGUGUAUUGGUUGUAUGGAUGUUUGUGAAGCCGGUGACAGCAGAGAACCAACGAAGGGAAAAAUAUUUGGUGACAACAACCUCAUGUACAUAACUGCUCACUAAACCCCCAGAGCUGGGACUUCUUUUGCUUUUCUUUCUGUUUUACUAGUGUUAGCUUAGUUUCUACUAUUUAUAUAUCUAAUAAACCUCUGUUAUAAAUAUCUUUGGCGGUACU